AUGGACCAGAUCAAGAAGGCGCUGGAGGGGAAGAUCGGACAGCGCUUGGCGGACCGCAUCAACCAAGAGACUGUCGUCAUGGGCGCGAUCGUCGCCUGGCUUGUUGGCUACUUUGUUGACAGUCUUUACAUCACCAUGCUCAUCUUUGGCGCUUCGGUUGUCGCUGCGCUCGUUGCCUGCGUCCCGCCGUGGCCCAUGUACAGGAAAUAUCCCGUUGUCUGGCUGCCGAACCGUCCAUCCAACGAGAAGGCGGCAAAGUCUCAGUGA